CCCUAGCUCACAGUCGCUCGGAGAUCGGCGAGGAAAUCGCACCGAACAAGUGGACCCGUUUGCCUCAUAUGGUGAAAUAACAAACAUAGUUUCCAGAACCCACUACCAUCCAAUAUUUUUUGGAACACUGGCGUCAAUUGAAGGCGAGAAAGGCUGCAAAUAAUUUCACAACGAUCCACUGAGGGCUUUCAAGUGAUUCGAGGACUUAUAUAAGGCGCAGAUAAUGGCUGGAAGUAUUACAAUCAACGGCACCAGCCACGAAGUUAAUCUGGCUGCUCUGCCGGCGGAUAUCUCGCUGAACUCGUUCAUCCGGGAGCACGCCGGUUUGACGGGCACGAAGUUCAUGUGCCAGGAGGGCGGAUGCGGCGUCUGCGUCUGCACCCUGAGUGGUCUGCAUCCGGAGACGGGAGAACCACGCACCUGGGCGGUGAACUCGUGCCUCACCCUGCUGAACACCUGUUUGGGUCUGGAGGUGACCACCUCGGAGGGAUUGGGCAACAAGAGGACGGGCUACCAUGCCAUCCAGCAGCGACUGGCCAAGAUGAAUGGCACCCAGUGCGGCUACUGCUCGCCGGGAUUCGUGAUGAACAUGUACGGGCUGCUGAAGUCCAAGGGCGGCAAGGUGACCAUGGCGGAGGUGGAGAACUCCUUUGGAGGCAACAUCUGCCGCUGCACCGGCUAUCGACCCAUCCUGGAUGCCAUGAAGUCCUUUGCCGUGGACAGCAAUAUCCAGGUGCCUGCCGAGUGUAUUGAUAUCGAGGAUCUGAGCACGAAGCAGUGUCCCAAGACGGGUCAAACCUGCUCGGGAAGUUGCAAGAAGCAGCAACCGAAGGGCAGUCAACUGUAUCCGGAUGGAAGUCGCUGGAGUUGGCCGGAGAAUCUGGGUGAGCUCUUUGCCGUUCUUCAGGGAGCUGUUAAAGAAAAGCUACCCUACAUGCUGGUGGCUGGCAAUACUGCCCAUGGAGUCUACCGACGUCCUCAUAACAUCAAGGCAUUCAUCGAUGUUUCCGGCCUGGCUGAGCUCAAGGGUCACCAGCUGAGUGCAGAUAACUCCACCCUAACCCUCGGUGGAAACCUGAGCCUCAGCGAAACCAUGGAGCUGUGCCGCCAGUUGGAGAAGACCAAGGGUUUCGAGUAUUUGUCACAGGUGUGGCAACAUCUCGAUUGGAUCGCCAAUGUUCCAGUGCGCAAUGCCGGCACCUUGGCGGGCAACCUGACCAUCAAGCAUGCCCACCCGGAGUUCCCGUCGGACGUGUUCAUCGUCCUGGAGGCCCUCGAUGCCCGGGUGAUUGUCCAGGAGGCUUUGGACAAGCAGCAGACUGUGAGCCUGGCCAGCUAUCUGAGUUCCUCCAUGGAGGGUAAGAUUAUUCGCGGUAUAGAGCUGUCCGCUUAUCCCAAGGAGCGUUUCGCAUUUGACUCUUACAAGAUCAUGCCCCGUGCCCAGAAUGCCCAUGCCUAUGUGAACGCUGCCUUCCUCGUGGAAUUCACUGGCGACUCCAAGGUGAAGUCAUCCCGCCUUUGCUUCGGUGGAAUCCACCCGGAAUUCGUUCAUGCCACAGCCAUCGAGCAGUUGAUCCAGGGAAAGAAUCUUUUUGAGAAUGGCUUGGUGGAGAAGGCCUUUGGCCAGCUGUCUAGCCUGCUCCAACCCGAUGCAGUUCUCCCGGAUGCCUCGCCCAUUUACCGUCGCAAGUUGGCCUGCGGUCUCUUCUACAAGUUCCUCUUAAAGGUGGCAGCUGAGAGGAAGCAGGGAUUGGCCAGUCGAUUUGUUUCAGGAGGCUCACUACUCAAACGUCCCGUGUCCAGUGGCCAGCAGAGCUUCGAGACCUUCCAGGAGCACUACCCGGUGACCAAGGCCACGGAGAAGCACGAGGGUCUCAUUCAGUGCUCCGGCGAAGCCACCUAUGCCAACGAUCUGCCCACCCAGCACAACCAGUUGUGGGCGGCCUUCGUAACCGCCAAGAAGGUGGGCGCCACGGUGACCAAAGUGGAUCCCCAGCCAGCUCUGGAUCUGCCCGGGGUAGUCUGUUUUUUGGACGCCAAGGACAUUCCGGGACACAACUACAUUGGACCCAAGAUAAGGGAUGAGUUCUUUUUCGAGCAGGACGAGCAGCUCUUCGCCACCGGAGCCAUCCAGUUCUUUGGCCAACCCGUGGGGGUGAUCCUGGCCAACUCAAAUUCUCUGGCGAAUCGGGCUGCCGAGCUGGUGAAGCUGAGCUACGAGGGUGGAGCAGAGGAACUGCUGCCCAGCAUGAAGCACGUGCUGGAGAAGCUGGGUUCCGAGGCGGGCAGUAAUAACCGAUUGGAGCAGAAGGUCAAGUCGACCAUCGAUAAGCUGGAGCUGGAAGAACCCUUCGAUGUGAGCUCUUCGGGUCAGUUGGACAUGGGACUGCAGUACCACUACUACAUGGAGCCGCAGACCACGGUGGUUCUGCCCUUCGAAGGAGGAAUGCAGGUCUAUGCGGCCACCCAGUGGAUGGAUCUCACCCAGGACUGCAUCGCCAAUGUGCUGAAUGUCAAGAGCAACGAGGUGCAGGUGAAGACGCGUCGCAUUGGAGGAGGCUACGGUGGCAAGGCCACCAGGGGCAACUUGGCCGCCGCCGCUGCCGCUGUGGCUGCCCACAAGCUCAAUAGACCUAUUCGAUUUGUCCAAUCUUUGGAAUCCAUCAUGACCACUUUGGGCAAGCGUUGGGCCUUCCACUGCGACUACGACUUCUUUGUCCAGAAAUCCGGCAAGAUCUCGGGAAUAGUCAGCCGAUUCUACGAGGAUGCAGGCUACCUAUCCAACGAAUCCCCCAUUGGCCACACCGUCUUGCUGUCCAAGAAUUGCUACGAGUUCAGUGAAAACUACAAGCUGGAUGGCUUCCUGGUCUACUCGGAUUCGCCCUCGAACACUCCUUGCCGAGCUCCCGGUUCCGUGGAGGGCAUCGCCAUGAUGGAGAACAUGAUCGAGCACAUUGCUUUUGAGACCGGACUGGAUCCGGUGGAUGUGCGAUAUGCCAACCUGCUGCCCGCCCACAAGAUGGGCGACAUGAUGCCCCGCUUCCUCGAGAGCACCAAGUACAAGGAGCGCAGGACGGCGGUCAUUCAGCACAACAAGGAGAACCGCUGGCACAAGCGCGGAUUGGGUCUGUGCAUCAUGGAGUACCAGAUCGGCUACUUUGGCCAGUAUCCCGCCACGGUGGCUAUUUAUCACAGUGACGGAACGGUGGUUGUCUCCCACGGAGGCAUCGAAAUGGGUCAAGGCAUGAACACCAAGAUCUCGCAGGUGGUGGGCCACACCCUGGGCAUUCCCAUGGAGCAGGUGCGCAUCGAGGCCAGCGAUACCAUCAAUGGAGCCAACUCCAUGGUCACCGGAGGAGCAGUGGGCAGUGAGACGCUCUGCUUUGCGGUUCGCAAGGCCUGCGAGACCCUCAACCAGCGACUGGAACCUCUGAAGGAGGAGAUUAAGCCACAGAACUGGCAGGAUCUGAUCAAGGAGGCCUACAACCGCAAGAUCAACCUGAUAGCCAGCGAUCAGUGCAAACAGGGCGACAUGGAUCCCUACUCGGUGUGCGGUCUCUGUCUCACGGAGGUUGAGUUGGAUGUGCUAACGGGCAACUACAUUGUGGGUCGCGUGGACAUCCUGGAGGACACUGGCGAGAGUCUGAAUCCCAAUGUGGACAUUGGCCAGAUCGAGGGCGCUUUCAUGAUGGGACUGGGUUACUGGACCAGCGAACAGGUGAUUGUGGAUCCCCAGACGGGCGAGUGCCUCACGAAUCGCACCUGGACGUAUAAGCCGCCGGGAGCCAAGGAUAUACCCACGGAUCUGCGCAUCGAACUGCUGCCCAAGAGUCCUAACAAAGCGGGCUUUAUGAGGUCCAAGGCCACCGGAGAACCCGCCAUCUGUCUGUCCAUCGCGGUGGCCUUUGCCCUGCAGCAGGCACUGCAAUCAGCUCGCGAUGACGCCGGCGUUCCCAAAUCGUGGGUCACCCUCACCGCCCCGAUGACCCCCGAGCACCUGGUCCUCCACGCCGGAACCGAGCCCAGCCAGUUCAAGCUGAACUAAGUGGGAGUAG